AGAAAAUUUCCGAUAAAAAGAGGAAAACCAAAGAAAAAGAAAAGGUCUUCUCCUUCUCGGUUCCAAAACAUAGGCGAGUGCGCAUUACGCACCAGACUGUCGUCAGUUGCUAUUGUGCAGCCUCCUGUCAAACCCGAAGCAAGAUUGGAGGAGAGACUAGACAGUUCAACGGACGGAGAGAUAGGUAGAGUAGGGUAAGGAGUAUGGGGGAUCUGUAUGUGUGGCUUAUAUCCUUCUUCUUCCUUAUAGCCCUACUAGUCAUCAUCGUCUUCCAGCUUAUGUGCUUGGCAGAUCUGGAGUUUGAUUAUAUCAAUCCUUAUGACUCUUCGUCUCGGAUAAACAAAGUGAUUCUGCCAGAGUAUAUAACAGAAGGAGUUCUAUGCUUGUUUUUUCUUCUAACAGGGCACUGGUGUAUGGCCCUCCUGUGUGUUCCUUACCUUUAUUACAAUGUGAGGCUUUACACACGGAGACAGCAUCUGGUAGAUGUGACUGAGAUUUUCAACUUGCUUCAUUGGGAAAAGAAGCAACGGCUUUUCAAACUCUUCUAUCUCAUUGUUCUCCUCUUUCUUGCAAUUUUCUGGAUGAUUUUGACUGCAUUGGAAGACCAUGACCUUGAAUAGUUGGAUACUCUGCAAGCUUCAUUUGAUAUUGAAAGGAAGUCCCGGAUUCCAUAGACUGCUGGUUGUAUGAAUGGUUAGGACAACCAGGGGGGUUCUGUUGUAAUUGAUAUAGCUCACUUUCCAGGAUUGUGUUGUUAGAUUUGCUGUUGAUUUAUUAAUUAUAAUUUGAGGUGCCAACAUUUCUUGGCCUUUGGCUAACUUUCAUAUGUUUUUUGAGUCAAUUCUAUUUAAGUUCAUUAAUUUCUUCCUCU